GGCCCAAACCCAAGUCACUGGAUUCACGGGCUGACGGGCAGCGAGUUGCUCACCCACCGGAGAUUUCAAAAUGGAUAGAAAUCUGAGGAACUUUCUGACAGAAAUGGAAGCGCGGAGUGGACUGACUCAGUAGUUUUCAUCUUCUCCAUUUGUGAACGAAGGGAAGGGCGGACGAAUACCACCAGUCACUGAAGCGGUCAGAUCCGUUUUUGUGUUCACCUUCGUCCAGCUGCUGAUCUCUCGACGGAUGAAAUGAAUACGGUGGUGGCGCAGCGUGGGAGGUUUCGGAUUUGAUUUGAUUUGGACAUGAAUCUCUCAUUAUCUUCUCCCACUUCUCAAUCGUCUUCCUCGUCUCCGUCCGCAUCUUCGUCUUCCGCCGGCGGCGGGGCAGCCUCAUGGUUCUCCGGCAUUGUUCGCGGCCGUGCUGAUAGGUCCGCGAGCAUGAAAACGGCCGGUAAUUUGCCCGCUGCCGAGAAUGAUGGACCGAUCAAAGGCAAGAACCAGUUCCGCGGUUUGAUGUUCAAGUACGGUCCCAAGGCGAUUCAGGUUGCAUUCAAAACGGGGGAACAUAAACAACAAGUCAUUUUCAUUGGUGGAUUGACAGACGGUUUUCUUGCAACUGAAUAUUUGGAACCUCUUGCAAUUGCCCUGGAUAGGGAGAAAUGGUCUCUUGUUCAGUUUCUCAUGUCAUCGUCAUAUAGUGGAUUUGGCACUUCCAGCUUAAAACAAGACUCCACGGAGCUAGAUCAGCUGAUAAGUUAUUUCAUCAACAAAGAAAACUCUGAGGGAGUGAUUCUUCUCGGGCAUAGUACUGGUUGUCAGGAUAUUGUGCAUUACUUGCGUUCCAAUGCUGCAUGCUGUAGAGCAGUACGUGGUGCCAUUUUGCAGGCUCCAGUUAGUGAUCGGGAGUACAAAGCAACUCUACCUGAAACAGCUGCUAUGAUUGAUUUGGCUUCAUCUAUGAUAGCAGAAGGCAAGGGAUCAGAAUUAAUGCCCAGAGAAGCUGAUCCCUGUGCUCCAAUAACUGCUUACAGGUAUCACUCCCUUUGUUCCUAUAUGGGCGAUGACGACAUGUUUAGCUCUGAUCUGAGCGAUGAUCAACUAAGACUCAGGCUUGGGCACAUGUGCAACACACCUUGCCAGGUUAUCUUUUCGAUGGGCGAUGAAUAUGUGCCAGAAUAUGUCGACAAAAAAGCCUUGGUACAAAGGCUGUGCAGAGUAAUGGGAGGGGCAGGGAAAGUUGAAAUCGAGCAUGGGAAUCACUCACUUUCGAAUAGAGUCGAUGAGGUUGUGAAGGCAGUCAUGGAUUUCGUCAAUGGAGAAGGUCCCAAAGGCUGGGAUGACCCAUGGGCUUAAGCUAGAGCUUAUACAGCAAUUACACAUCUAUUAUUUAAUUGCCUUUCUUCUUUUCUCCCUUCUUCCGGUUGAAAUUCUUUUCUCUUCUCUUGUUGUUUUACUUUUAUCUCAUCUUCCUGAUAUCUGUUAGUCUGAUGAACACAACUCUGUGGCAAAUGCUGAACACUGUAAGAAAAGAAGAAAAAGAUAAAAAGAUCAGAGGCCAUAGUAUGGGUUGAUUAGCAUUGAGGUUGGAACGAUCGAUGCAAACCGAUUUCGCCAUUUCGGGAGUCAAGUACCAACCAGACAGUAAUGAUUCUUCGAUACCAUAGUGCAAGUACUUGUCUUCUUUUGAGUUCUUACCUUGGAUUCCUUGGUACGCGAAAGGACAAAGCAAAUUUUGACUCUAUGGCGUUUUGUUAUUGUGCUUAAGCUGUUUAUGAAUGUAGCUGUAAUGUUGUGCCGAAAGAGGGUUGUUGUUUCACUCGUGCUAAUAUCAUUGGCUUGUUCGUCUCUCAUACAUAUUCAAUACUAGAUUGUGAAAAUAUUCUUAUUUUUCUAAAUAUUGUCAAUGAGAUUAAUGCAACGGUGUUAGUAGGUGCUGUACACCCGAGGGCCUUCUAAUAGCGUGU